AUGAUUGCAAGCAACGAUACAAAUCAUGGUCAUAGUACUGAGGAUCGAUCCGAUGUGAAAAUCGGGGAAAUGAACAUUAAUACGUCUCUCACCUAUCGUCUUGACGAAAGCGACUUACUCGAUGUCCUGUUCACUUCCAACGCGAAUCAUAUGAACUUGAUUGAUCAUCUAUUGGGUUGUGCCUAUGGACAAGCGUUGGGUGAUGCUUAUGGUCUAUCAACUGAGUAUCAGAAACGUUGCGCAGUGGCGGACACUUAUCCAGAUGCGACUCAACUGAUUCCAUUUCCGAAUUAUGUUCAAAGUCAGCAUUCUGGUCGAUGGAUACGUGGUGAUUGGACGGAUGAUACAGAUCAGUGGUUGUUACUCAUGGAAACAUUGAGCGAACACGAUGGUGAUGUGAAAAUCUUUGCAAGAAAAUUGAAUAUGUGGAUUCGACAUGGAUUUCCUGAAUUGGACGAUUUCGGCGGUUUAGGAUUGGGUGUCAAUGUAGCUAAGGUUGUUCAAACAGAAGGCUUCUAUGAAAAUCCAUGGGAGGCUAGCCGUAACGCUUGGGAGAGCACCGGAAGACAAGCAGCACCGAAUGGUGCUGUUAUGAGAUGUUCUGCAUCUGCUGUCGUCCAUUACAAUAACAUUGACAAGAUGAAAUCAACAGCUAUUCAAAUGUGUCAAACGACUCAUUUCGAUCCACGAUGUGUCGCAUCAUGUGUAGCAGUAUGUCUCGCCAUUGCUUACAUCAUUCAAUCUCCUGACGAUGAUCUAGAAUCACUCAUUGGUCGCGUUCAACAAGAGACCUUGGCCACAUUAGGUGAUGCUCUGUUACCAAUCUAUCGAGAAGAAUUCCUCUGGUAUACCGGUCAAGAUCGAACCUUGGAUGAUCUUCGUCUCGACGAUGACAAGGUCAUUGGUUAUACUUUUAAAUGUUUAGCUGCUGGUUUCUAUGGUUUAAGAUCGACACGUUCCUUUCAAGAGACACUGAACGAUCUGAUUCGGCAGGGAGGCGAUGCCGAUACCAAUGGAGCUAGUGAUUCAUAUAAUAAUCAUAAUAAUAAAAAAUUUUAA